AACGUCCAGACGCAGCAUAAAACACCUUUUUUAGGAUGAGUCUGAGCAAAACUUGGACUUCAGCUGCCUCCUUCUUGAGCGACUAACUCCUCUGAGUUUCAACAAGAUGCAGCUCGGUGGUGAUCAUGGCAGAGUUGUAAUCAAGCACAUCCUUGCUGCCUCUUUCUUUGGAUUCAUAGCAGCCGUGGCCAGACGUUUUCACCGACCGAGGUCUAAACCGGACAGAGAUGAAAAUGUCAUUCCACGGUUAGAAAGGACAGAGUGUAGCCGUGUCGGAAAGCUCGAGAGAUUCUCACAUUACGUUGCUCGGCAAAUGGGAUUUCUAGAUGCAAAUGAGUGUCCCCAACUAUGCAAGUUAGCUUAUGAUUAUUUGAGGAAAUCGAAAGGGUGCGACGAUAGCAUCUACGAAUUUGUUGCUAACGAACCAGACGCGCAGUCUCUAUGCUUGAAGUUGAUUGAAGAGUUUGAAAAAUGCAUCCUCAGUUAUUUUGCAUUCCAUUGGGGUCAAGCUUCUCUUUUGAUCAGUCAGGUUUUGAGCGUUGAAUCUGAGCAGAAAAUUGCAAAGCUUAAAGACGUUUUGUUGGCUGCUACAAGGAAACAGAGAUUUGAAAGGGUGACUAAGAAUUUGAAGGUGACACGCACUUUCACUACAUUGGUGGAAGAGAUGAAAGCAAUUGGCACCUGUGCACAUAGAGGUGAUGAAUCGCAAUGUACAGAGGUUAUGGUGCCGGCGGCACACAACGAGAGGAGUCCGGUGCUGCUUCUCAUGGGUGGCAGCAUGGGAGCCGGGAAGAGCACCGUCCUUAAAGAUAUUCUCAGAGUAGUUAUAUUUGGAAUUGUGAAGAUGGGAAAAGAGGAAGAGGACGCAUCCCGCAUAACACCUCCUAUCACUAAUCCAUCAACCCCGGACAUAUCAAGACCACUUUAUUCAGGCGUUUCAAACUACAUGCCAAGUUACUACGGUCUAAUGCCUCAUGCGUGGUUACCACCUUUUAUGCCUCAUUCAAGUUCCAACCCAUAUCCAUGGACCAACUAGCAACACCCAUGGAAUUCUACUUGCGCUGCUGCGUCAAGUACUGCUGCCCUGAGUAGUUCCGCUACCUUGUAUAGUUCUACCAUACCAAUGAUGGGACAUCUUCCAAUUACCUAUCCAUAUCCAUGGAGCAACCAGCAACAAACAUGGAACUCUACGAUCGCACCCCUGUCUAGUUCCGCAACCAAUGUUAGCUCUAGUGUAGCUACUAGGUCUAGUGUACAAAGCAGUGCUACUGUAGCUGCUAGCUCUUGUUCGACUUUACCAACAUUUUCUCCUCCGACAAAUGCCAACUCAUAUCCAUGUGGUAACGAGACCAUUAUGGUCAGGAGCAUAGACAAGAGCAGUGGUGGUAGAGGCAGAUGCUUUCAAAGAGACCGACGUUAUUUACAGAGCCCUCGGCUCUAUGGGCCAUCACAAUGACAUGCUUCAAUCUGCUGAGCUGGUGCACCAAUCUUCCACCGAUGCUGCCUCAUCACUGCUGGUAACAGCACUUAACGAAGGACGGGAUGUGUUCAUGGAUGGCACUCUGUCAUGGGAGCCCUUCGUUGAGCAGACAAUUGCCAUGGCACGUAACGUUCACAAAUGUCGCUACCGCAUGGGAGUGGGCUACAACGUGGCCGAGGAUGGCACCAUUACUGAGAAUUACUGGGAGCAGGUAGAGGAAGAAGAUGAGGAGGAGGAGCAAGCAAAAGAAAAUAUAGGAGCCCCCAAGAGAAAACCUUACAGAAUAAAUCUGGUUGGAGUGGUUUGCGAUGCUUAUCUGGCUGUUGUCAGAGGCAUCAGGAGAGCUAUAAUAAAGGGAAGGGCGGUGAGGGUCAAUUCACAGUUGAAAUCUCACAAGAGGUUUGCGAGUGUGUUUCCAAGAUACUGCCAGCUUGUUGAUAAUGCCAGGCUCUAUUGCACCAAUGCUUUGGGUGGCCCAGCUACGUUGAUAGCACGGUAAGACGAAGACAACAAGGUGCUGGUGGGGCCAGAGGAAAUCAAAUGCUUGACAGCAAUAAGCAAUUUGAGUGCUGAAGCUGAAUCCAUACACGAGCUGUACGCGCAGCCAAGCCCAAUAUUCGAGCCUGGUUCCAUUUGGAAAGACAUUGUUUUGUCACCUACAAGAGCAAGCCUUCAACUGCAGCUAAGGGCUUGUAUACAGAGAAUUGAACAUUCAAAUCAUAUUCCCACUACAAGAAGCCCAUAAUCGUUGUUUUUGAUUUUGCUAUGUUUCAACUUCAUUGCAUGGUAAAGUUGGUAGAUUAGACGAAUGUGGCACCUAGUUUGUGAAUGCAACCUAUCUGACUGGAAUGCCAAAUUGUAGUUCAAGCGUUC